AUGAGGUCUACUCAACGAUUGCUGGCCGACGUCAAGUCAGCUCGAUUCCUCGAACCUCAUGCACCUACAGGUCUCACCGGCUUAGCCACCCACCCAAGACCCCGACAAGCGCUCCUCAUCCUAUACACCAACACUCUGAACAAACUCAAGCAGAUCCCCGGGUCUUCCGUCUACCGCCAAGCCACAGAAGCCCUUACACAGCAGCGAUUGAAGAUCGUCGAAUCCACCAAACCCCCCGGAUACGAUAAGUGGCUGCAGGAAGUACAAGAAAAAAUUACUGCAAAUCCAGAUCUGGUCAAGAAGAUCACAACACCCAGCGGUCCUCUAGCCGGUGUCUACUCGAUUUUGGCUCCCCGGGUGUCUGACCUUGAAAGAAGACACUACAACGAGGGUAUGGAGCAUGCGCAGCAGCAAAUAAAGGAGGAGAGUGAACAAUUCGAACAGCUUCCUGAGGAAGAGAAGGCCGCUGUAGCACUCUGGUCGAGAACGUACCGAGAAAAAGAGAUUGAGGAAGUCGAGGGGGAUGCUCCGACAGAGCCCCGGAUUGAUUUGUAUGAGGAACCAGCGUUGGAAGCAGCGCAGAUCUCCGAAAUCGAAAAUCAGAUCGGCGCUGGCUUGAUAGAGGAAGUUAUCAAAGUUGCCGAAGGAGAGUUGAAACUUGUGGAUGAGAUGGCUAAAUAUAAAGUAUGGGAAGAGCUCGUCGAAAAGCCAAAGCCCGGCCAAUGGACAUAUUUUGGCAGAGCUGCCGAUGAGCACUAG